UCCGUGGACACUGCAAGACAGCAUCGUUGUAGACUGGAAAUCUCUCAACAUACAGAAGAUAAAGGGUGUCUAUAGCUGUUUGGCACACUGAAAGUUUAGUCCUAGUGACCGUAAUAUCUGAUGGAAGGUACGCCGAUGAUGGCCGAGCUCGAGCUUCCUGGAUUCCGGUUCCACCCAACUGAGCAGGAGCUUCUUGGUUUCUAUCUCAAGAACAUGGUGACGGGCAAGAGAGAGUGCUUCGAUGUAAUUGGGUUCCUCAAUAUCUACCGUCACGAUCCAUGGGAACUUCCCGAGUUGGCUAGGAAUGGGGAAAGAGAGUGGUACUUCUUUGUGCCGAGGGACAAGAAGCUCGGGAGUGGUGGCAGGCCUAACCGGACCACCGAGAGAGGGUUCUGGAAAGCCACUGGCUCGGACCGUAAGAUAUUCAGCACGCCUGAUCACAAGCGGCCGAUCAUAGGCCUCAGGAAGACACUCGUCUUCUACAAGGGGAGAGCACCGAUGGGUAGAAAAACGGAUUGGGUCAUGAACGAAUACCGACUUCCUGAUGACUCCCCGCUUCCUAAGGACAUGGUGCUAUGCAAGAUAUACAGAAAGGCGACGUCCCUAAAGGUCCUGGAGCAAAGGGCGUCCAUGGAAGAAGGGCUGAUAAAACCUGGACAAUCCUCACCACUAAUGGACGUAUCGCGGCUUGUCCCGCAGCAGGAAUUCAAGAAGGAACUACUAGAGGAAACAAAAGUACAAGUAGCAGCAGGUGAUGAUAAGCUCCAGUACGAUGGUCACCGGAGGAAUGAAGUUUCAGAGGAGUUUCAACUUCAAGGAUCUUCUUCUUCUUCUUCUUCUUCAUCAUUGACAUCGUCGUCUUCAUUGCCAUCAGUGCAGCUGCAGGCGCCAUUUGCGGGUGAGAAAUUGACAGAGCUCCUAGUGCCAAAGUUCACAAUGGAUUGGACUCAAGACAGCUUCUGGGCUCAGCUCAAUAGCCCAUGGCUCCAGGCCUUGACCCCUAACUACUAUGCCAACAUGAUCAAUUUCUAGUUGGUGCCCUGGAAUCAAUUUACUAACGGAGGGUGCGUUCUUUUGCCUAGAAUUAAUAAGGUCUAGUCUUGUAGAUUAUAUCAACAUUGAGUCGCAACUUGGUACCGCAACAUAUGCGAAUCCUGAUCCGCUGAACAACCUCAUCGAGCUUGGGUUGCAUUGUUGGGUUAAUUCUCCUAGAAUCCGACGUUAUAACUGAAUUAAUCUUCUUCUUGGUUGAUAGUUCCUGUUAAAGGGGGGAAGCUAUGUCCUCUUGACAUGAUUCGACGGAUGAAGUGUAGCUCAUAUUUUGCUAUAAAAACAGAAUAUUUUUUGCACAAGCAAUGAAAUCUGUCGCAACCGCUCGCUUACAAA